GUCAAGAUUUAAAAGGUUUACUUUUUAUGAAUACAUUUUUUUUACUGCUUCCUCCUCUCCGCCUCUAUCUCGCCGAGUUACUGCUUCCUUCUCUCCGCCUCUAUCUCGCCGUCAUCAUACUGGCUAAGCACCGUGCGUGCUCUCGCCGUUCCCUCUCUGCCACCCCUUGAAUGUCGGCACCGCAAAGACUACUCUGCAAUCUCUCUCACAUUCUACCUUCUUUUCCUUUCUCUACCUUCCAAUCUAGAACCUUCAUUUCCCUUCCAUUCUCUCACCCUUACUCGACCCUAUCUCCCUCACUACUAAUAAUGCAUCGCAAUCAGCGAAGUGGAGAACAAAGAUGGAAACCGAAACCAAAAACUGAACCGCAAGUAUCGUCUAUUGGAGAUGCGGAAACCGUUACUAACAAACUUUCGGGAAUUCAUAUUGGUGAAAAUAGCGGGCAAACGAAGGUUCAACAUGCUAAUAAGGUGAUUAAUUCCCAAGGUUCAACGGCGAUUUGGAAACCGAAAUCUUAUGGAACUGUUAGUGGAGGAGCCACUGUAACUAAUGUUGAAAGCACACCGGUGGGUAAAGGGAAUGUUGGUGGUUCAGGCAAUGGUGUUGACGUGGCUUCGACUCAGAAAAGUGGUGGUAGUGCUGUUUUGAGUAAGUUGUUUAGCGGUAAUCUGUUGGAGAAUUUUACUGUUGAUAGUUCCACUUAUGGACAUGCUCAAAUCAGAGCAACUUUCUACCCCAAGUUUGAAAAUGAAAAGUCGGAUCAGGAGACAAGGUCAAGGAUGAUUGAGCUGGUAUCAAAAGGUGCAGCUACGUUAGAGGUUUCACUUAAACACUCUGGUUCUCUUUUUAUGUAUGCGGGUCAUGAGGGUGGAGCUUAUGCAAAAAACAGUUUUGGAAAUAUAUAUACUGCUGUUGGUGUAUUUGUUCUUGGGCGGAUGUUUCGUGAGGCUUGGGCAACCAAGGCUUCAGAAAUGCAGGCUGAAUUUAAUAAUUUUCUUGAGAGAAACCAUAUGUGCAUUUCAAUGGAAUUAGUAACUGCUGUUCUCGGAGACCAUGGACAGCGUCCUCAUGAAGAUUACGUGGUGGUUACAGCAGUCACUGAAUUGGGCAAUGGGAAGCCAAAGUUCUAUUCAACCCCCGAGAUAAUCGCUUUUUGCAGAAAAUGGCGAUUACCAACAAAUCAUGUGUGGUUGUUCUCAACAAGAAAAUCAGCUUCUUCCUUCUUUGCUGCCUAUGAUGCCUUAUGUGAGGAAGGUACUGCAACUUCUGUAUGCAAGGCUCUUGAUGAAAUUGCAGACGUAUCUGUACCAGGUUCAAAAGACCAUGUGAAAGCCCAAGGUGAAAUUUUAGAAGGUCUUGUGGCUCGUCUUGUGAACCAAGAUAGUUCAAACCAUAUAGAGAAAAUUUUGAAGGAAUUUCCUCCUCCACCUGCUGAUGGAGCUGCCCUUGAUUUCGGUCCAAGUCUAAGGGAAAUUUGUGCUGCCAAUAGAUCUGAUGAAAAACAGCAAAUGAAAGCGCUUCUUGAGAACGUUGGUAGCUCAUUUUGUCCUGACUACUCAGACUGGUCUGGGACUGAUGCUGGUGAUAUGCAUUCAAGAAAUGCAGACAAAUCUGUUGUUUCAAAAUUUUUACAAGCCCAUCCGACAGACUAUUCGACAAAAAAAUUGCAGGAAAUCAUUCGGUUGAUGAAGGAAAAACGCCUGCCUGCUGCAUUCAAAUGUUAUCAUAACUUCCACAAAGUUGGUGCCAUAUCAAAUGACGAUCUUUUCUAUAAAAUGGUCAUUCAUGUGCACAGUGAUUCUGCUUUCCGGAGAUACCAAAAAGAGAUGAGGCAUAGACCAGGAUUAUGGCCACUUUAUCGAGGAUUUUUUGUUGAUAUCAAUUUAUUCAAGGCAGACAAGGGGAAAGUUGCCGAAAUUUCUAAGAACAGCAGUAUAAAUGAAAGUGAUAGCACCAGUAUUGAAAGAGAUGACUUUGCUGACGAAGAUGCAAAUUUAAUGGUCAAAUUGAAGUUUCUUACAUAUAAGUUGCGAACUUUUCUCAUUCGAAAUGGCUUGUCAAUUCUAUUUAAAGAAGGUCCAGGUGCUUACAAGGCUUAUUACCUGAGACAAAUGAAAAUAUGGGGAACCUCUCAAGGAAAGCAAAGAGAACUUAGCAAGAUGCUUGAUGAAUGGGCUGUCUAUAUAAGAAGAAAGUGUGGAAAUAAGCAACUUUCAUCAUCAAUAUAUCUUAGUGAAGCUGAACCUUUCCUUGAACAGUUUGCAAAACGUAGUCCACAGAACCAAGCUCUAAUAGGUUCUGCUGGUAGUUUAGUUAGGACUGAAGAUUUCUUGGCCAUUGUUGAGGGAGGCCAGGAUGAAGAAGGUGAUCUUGUAUCAGAGCGGGAUAUAGCACCAUCAGGGCCUAAUAUCUCAGUCAAAGAUACAGUUCCAAAAGAUGAAGGGAUGAUUGUAUUUUUUCCUGGAAUACCAGGUUGUGCAAAGUCCGCCCUUUGCAAAGAAUUGCUAAAUGCACCAGGAGGACUACUAGGAGAUGAUCGACCAGUUCAUAGUCUCAUGGGUGAUCUGAUUAAAGGAAAAUAUUGGCAGAAAGUUGCUGAGGAGCGUAAAAAGAAACCGAAGUCUAUAAUGCUUGCUGACAAAAAUGCCCCGAAUGAAGAAGUUUGGAGACAGAUCGAAGACAUGUGUCACAGAACCAGGGCAUCUGCUGUCCCAGUUGUGCCUGAAUCUGAAGGAACUGAUUCAAAUCCAUUUUCCCUUGAUGCAUUAGCUGUUUUCGUGUUUCGUGUGCUUCAACGAGUCAAUCAUCCAGGAAAUCUUGACAAGGCCUCUCCAAAUGCUGGUUAUGUGCUGUUAAUGUUCUAUCACCUUUAUGAUGGCAAGAGCCGCAAAGAGUUUGAGGGUGAAUUAGUUGACCGUUUUGGGUCGCUUGUGAAGAUUCCAUUAUUGAAAUCUGAUAGGAACCCCCUUCCCGAGGCAGUGCAGUGCAUUUUGGAGGAAGGAAUUGAUCUAUAUAAGCUUCACACUAGAAGACAUGGAAGGUUGGAAUCUACCAAGGGUACGUACACAAAAGAAUGGAUGAAAUGGGAGACACAAUUACGGGAUAUUCUCUCUCGAAAUGCUGAUUAUUUUAAUUCAGUUCAGGUUCCAUUUGAGUUCGCAGUCAAGCAAGUGUUGGAACAAUUGAGAAACAUUGCCAAGGGAGAUUACACACCUCCAGAUACUGAAAAGAGGAAGUUUGGCACCAUUGUUUUUGCUGCUCUCAAUCUGCCAGUUAUUGAGAUUCAAGGUGUCCUAAAUAAUUUUGCCAAGAAUAAUCCGAAGAUUGAUGCGUUCCUUAGAGACAAACAUUUAGAGAAUCUUAAUCGAGCUCACCUUACUCUCGCCCACAAAAGAAGUCAUGGCAUUAAAGCUGUUGCUGAUUAUGGUCUGUGGCUGCAUAAAGAGGUACCAGUGGAGUUGACAGCAUUGCUCUUCUCAGAUAAAAUGGCUGCAUUCGAAGCUUUUCCUGGCUCAGUAGAAGGAGAGAAGAUACUUCCAAAAAAUGCAUGGCCCCAUAUUACCUUGUGGACUAGUCAAGGGGUUUCAGCCAAGGAGGCCAACAUGUUACCGCAGUUGUUUGCAGAGGGAAAAGCAAAUCGGAUUGACUUCAAUCCUCCCAUCAAUAUAUCCGGCACGGUUGAGUUUUACUGAGUUAUUUAUGCCGCUCAUCAUCAUAAAAUAUCUACAAGAUCACCUCAUCAUGGUGAGUGAAGUAACAAUAGAUAUCUAUAGAAGAUGAUGGAGAAAGUUUUUGUAGGAGCCAGCAUUUUCUCCUGAGAAAUAUUGUAUAUAAGCUGUAUCAUGGCCUGGUUUUUACCAUGAGCACUAUAUGUUCUUAAAGCAAUCAAUAAAAUCAUUAGAUAUUAUAGUUUUCAAA